AUGGCGAAACGGACCCUCUUGGUGAUCGGCGAUGAUGGUCAAGCCAAUACAGAUGAUGAAAGCAGCAAGAGAGCUUUCAGCGACACAAUUGUGGAAGAAAGGAGCCAAAACCAAAAAUUGGGCUGUCGAGCUAGAAAUUUCAACCGGCCGGAAAAUCGCGGGCUCUUUCAUUCCGAUACUCGCCAGACCCACUUAUCAUUGAUUAUAGCUGCAACUCCGCUCGAGUCCUUGAAGCAGCCUCGACUCGUCAAGAUCGUGCAACGUGUUUAUGAUCCUCCGACAGCACACAAAGCCUACCGAUUCGUCUCUAGCCUCAGGAGACGUGGAGAAGAAGAGCUUGCUGGAAAGGCCAAGGAUCUAAUCGAGCAUUUCGAAGGCGCGGCUGACCAAGCCGGACGCGGUGCAAAGCCCGAAGUCGAAUCGAUCGUUCGCAAUCCUGGGGUUGGUCCGGGAUCACCCAAGACCGUAACGUUCUAUCAGAAUCCCGAGCAAGUGCGUAAUAUUCAGCAUUCUGAGGUCCUACGAGGCGCUGGGAGUGGAUCUCAUGGUGACGAAGUACCAAUCUAUAGAGAGCCUCGGGUCAAAAUCCUAUCGCCAUCUUACCCCGAGCCUCGGCCGCCCUCGUUCACCGAAUUCUCACCUGUCUGGCAAGACCACCAGCGGGCUCUCGAACGGGACCAGAGAAUGAUAGAGAACCUCAACAGCGACGUCUACAGAGGACAUGCGCGUAUCUCUGAAAAUUCCAACCACAUCAAGAACCUCAAGCUGGCCAACCAAGACCUGGAGGCUCAGCUGAAGGCGGCUAACCAGAGGCAGAGAGGCAGGAAGAUGCUCAUGUACACUGCUCUAGGCACUUCCGCCGUAACGGCUGGUACCGGAGCAGUCUACCAGGCAAUGUCGAGCAAGAAGAACCAGGAGCAGGAUGGUGCCAUCGAUGGACUGCAACAGGAAGUCGCUCGUCUCAGGGCUUUGAAUGCUCAGCGCAUGCCCACCUCGAUCAACGGUCCAGACGUCGCAGGGCAGGGUGUACCAGCUUUGAAUGGCCAGACUUUCCAGCCAACAGUGCCUGCUGGCCAGGCUGCCGGCGGCUCCGCUGGACUCGUCUGA